AUGUCAACAACAUCGUCAUCGUCGACAAGACCGUUGAUUCUUUCACAUGGGUCGCUGGAACACGUUCUGCCAGUUCCUACACAAUCGUUUUUCGCUGCGUCUGAGUUGCUAGACCAGUUCAACAAGUCGUUGCCAGAGCCAACCGAGAGUUUUGCCUCUGACCAGGAGCCAGCAUCACCAGCCGAGCUUCUAUCCAAGUUUUUGUCGUUUAUUGCUAGUUUCGUGCAGGAUGACGACCAAUCGAGUGAAUCAAAGUAUUUCCAGGUGUUGAAAGUUUCGUUAAGUGAAUUCGACAAUGGUUAUUUACAGGGCAAUGAUGUCCACGCGGUUGCCAUUAAUCUUUUCAAGGAUUCCGAAAAUUUCCCAACGACUUUGGAGAAAAUCAGAGAACUGGUUAAAAACUAUUUAUUUGCUAAAACCAUUGCCAAAGAGCCUUUUGAAAAAUCGAAAUCUUUAUUAUUCAAAAGCGCUUUGAAUGGCGAAAGUCAAAUUGCUGCAAUCUUUGGUGGUCAAGGUAACACUGACGAUUAUUUCGAAGAGUUGCGCGAAUUAUAUCAAACUUAUAACGUUUUAAUUAGUGAUGUGAUAGAGUUUUGUGCAAAGACUCUACGUGAUUUAGUUAAAUCGACUCAUGAUACAGAAAAAGUUUUCACUCAAGGAUUUGAUGUUCUAAGCUGGUUAGAGAAUCCAUCAAAGACACCUGAUAAUGAUUAUUUAUUAUCUAUUCCAAUUUCAUGCCCAUUAAUUGGUGUUAUUCAAUUGGUUCAUUAUGCAUUAACUGCAAGAUUAUUAGGUUUUACUCCAGGUGAGUUAAAAUCUCAUCUGAAUGGUGCCACAGGUCAUUCACAAGGUUUAGCAACAGCUAUUGCAAUUGCUGAAGCUGAUUCUUGGGAUUCAUUUUUUAAUUCCGCAAAAAAGACAAUUUCCUUAUUAUUUUUCAUUGGUGUUCAUUGUUAUAUUGCCUACCUAAAUACAUCAUUGCCACCAACAAUUCUUGAAGAUUCGCUAGAAAAUAAUGAAGGCAUUCCAUCACCAAUGUUGGCAAUUUCAAAUUUGACACAGGAUCAAGUUCAAAGCUUUGUUGAUAAGACAAAUUCUCAUUUGCCAGACGAAAAGCAUAUAGUUAUUUCAUUGAUUAAUGGUGCAAGAAACUUAGUUGUUACAGGUCCACCACAAUCACUUUAUGGUUUAAAUUUAACAUUGAGAAAAGCAAAAGCUCCAUCAGGUUUAGAUCAAUCAAGAAUUCCAUUUACCGAAAGAAAAUUAAAAUUUUCAAAUAGAUUUUUACCAAUUACAUCACCAUUUCAUUCUCAUCUAUUAAAAUCAGCUAAAGAAUUCAUUUAUAACGAUUUGAAAAACUAUAACAUCGAAUUUAGUUCGAAUGAUUUGAAAAUACCUGUUUAUGAUACUUUUAGUGGUAAUGAUAUGAGAGAAACUAAUGGUUCAAUUGUACAGAGAAUUACUGAUUGUAUUGUUAGUUUACCAGUUAAUUGGGAAAAGACAACUCAAUUUAAGGCUACUCAUAUUUUAGAUUUUGGUCCAGGUGGUGCUUCAGGUCUUGGUGUAUUAACUCAUCGUAAUAAAGAUGGUACUGGUGUUCGUAUUAUUGUCGCUGGUACUCUUGAUAUUAAUACUGAUGAUGAAUAUGGAUUCAAACAAGAACUUUUCGAUGUAACAACUGAUGGAUUAAAGAAAAAUCCAAAUUGGUUAAAAGAAUUUCAUCCAAAAUUAAUAAAGACAAAAUCAGGUAAAAUUUUUGUUGAUACAAAAUUUUCGAAAUUGAUUGGUAGAGCUCCUUUAUUAGUUCCUGGUAUGACUCCAUCAACAGUUUCACCGGAUUUUGUUGCUGCAACAAUAAAUGCUGGUUAUCAUAUUGAAUUAGCUGGUGGUGGUUAUUUCUCACCAGAAGGUAUGACAAAUGCAAUUGAUUCCGUUAUUUCUCAAAUUAAAAAGGGUUAUAGUUUAGGAUUGAAUUUGAUCUAUGUUAAUCCAAGAAUGCUACAAUGGGGUAUUCCUUUAAUUAAAGAGUUAAGAGAAAAAGGUUAUCCAAUUCAAUCAUUAACUAUAGGUGCUGGUGUACCAUCAUUAGAAGUUGCUUCUGAAUAUAUCGAAACGUUAAAAUUAACUCAUUUAGAUUUAAAACCUGGUUCGAUUGAUGCAAUUUCUCAAGUUAUUACUAUUGCAAGUCAUCAUCCAAAUUUCCCAAUUGUUUUACAAUGGACCGGUGGUAGAGGUGGUGGUCAUCAUUCCUUUGAAGACUUCCAUGCACCAAUGUUACAGAUGUAUUCAAAAAUUAGAAGACAUCCAAAUAUUAUUUUAAUUGCCGGUUCAGGUUUUGGCUCGGCUGAGGAUACUUAUCCAUAUUUAACAGGUGAAUGGUCAAAGAGUUUUGAUUACCCACCAAUGCCAUUUGAUGGUGUUCUUUUUGGUUCAAGAGUUAUGAUUGCAAAAGAAGCCAAAACCUCAUUAGCAGCCAAAGAAUUGAUUGCUUCAUGCCCUGGUGUUCCAAAUAGUCAAUGGCAAGAGACCUAUAAAAAACCAACCGGUGGUAUUAUUACGGUUCGUUCAGAAAUGGGUGAGCCAAUUCAUAAAAUUGCAACUCGUGGUGUUUUAUUCUGGAAAGAAAUGGAUGAUACCAUUUUCAACUUACCAAAGAAUAAAUUACAAGCUGCUUUGGAUGCAAAGAAAGACUAUAUUAUUUCUAAAUUAAACGCUGAUUCACAAAAACCGUGGUUUGCAACUGUCAAUGGUGAAGUUCGUGAUUUAACAAAUAUGACAUACGAAGAAGUUGCUAAAAGAUUGGUUGAAUUAAUGUACAUCAGAUCAAUGAAUUCUUGGAUUGAUGUUACAUUAAGAAAUUUCACUGGUGAUUUCUUACGUCGUGUUGAAGAAAGAUUCACUAAAGUUAAAACUGCUUCAGUUAUUCAAUCAUAUUCUGUUUUAGAACAACAACCCGACAAGAUUUUGGAAACUGUUUUCAACUCUUAUCCAGCUUCAAAGACACAGUAUUUAAAUGCACAAGAUGUUGAUUACUUCUUGAGUAUGUGCCAAAGACCAAUUCAAAAACCUGUCCCAUUUGUUCCAGUUCUUGAUCAUAGGUUUGAAUUUUUCUUCAAAAAAGAUUCUCUAUGGCAAUCUGAAUUUUUGGAAGCUGUUGUCGAUCAAGAUGUUCAAAGAACCUGUAUUUUACAUGGUCCCGUUGCAGCUCAAUUCACCAAGAAAGUUGAUGAACCAAUUAAAGAAAUGUUAGACGGUAUUCACGAUGGUCACAUUGAAAAAUUAUUAAAAGAUGUUUAUAAAGGUGACGAAUCAUCUAUUCCUGUAGUUGAUUACUUUGGUGGUGAUGAGGAAAUCGAAGAAAUUAAGAUUGACUCACCUAAUAUUAAAGUUUCUUUCAAAGACGGAACGGAAGUUUAUCGUGCAUCAUCUUCAAUUGAUCCAAAAGUUUGGUUCAAACUUUUGGGAGGAUCUGAAAGAAACUGGAGAGGUGCGUUCUUCUCAACUUCAAAGGUUGUUCAAGACACUAUGUUUGUUGACAAUCCCUUGAAAAGAGUGUUUAACCCAAUUGAUAACAUGGUUGUUGAAAUCACUAACGGUCCAGAGCCUUCAAAAUCAAUUAUUACUCUUUUGGAACCUGUCCAAGGUGAUAUCAAACCAACUGCUGUUUUGAGAUUAGUUAAAGAUGAUAUUAUUCAAUUAGAAUUAAUUGAAAAUAGAACAAUGGAUGGUACACCUGUAUCCUUACCAUUGCUGUAUAAAUACAACCCUAAUGAUGGUUUUGCACCAAUUUCCGAAGUUAUGGAAGGUCGUAACGAACGUAUCAAAAAGAUGUACUGGAAAUUGUGGUUAGAUGAACCAUUAGAUUUGAAAUUUGAUCCUAGAAAAGUAAUCAAAGGUGGUAAUUUCAAAAUAACUGGUAAAAGUAUAUCUGAAUUUACUCAUGCUAUUGGUAACAAUUGUGAAGAUUUUGUAAGAAGAUCCGACAAACCUUUGUUAGCGCCAAUGGAUUAUGCAAUUGUUGUUGGAUGGAGAGUUAUUGUAAAGGCUAUCUUCCCUGAAACUGUUGAUGGUGACUUAUUGAAAUUGGUUCACUUGUCUAAUGGUUACAGAAUGAUCCCUGGAGCUAAACCAUUACAGGAGAAUGAUGUUAUUUCUACACAUGCUGUUGUUAAGUCUGUUGUUAACCAACCAACAGGUAAAGUUGUAGAAGUUGUUGGAACUUUGACUAGAGAUAAUAAACCAGUUAUGGAAGUUACUUCGUCCUUCUUCUACAGAGGUAACUAUACAGAUUAUGAAAAUACUUUCCAAAAAACUGUAGAACCUGUAUAUCAGGUACAAAUUAAAUCUGCUAAAGAUAUCGCAGUUUUACGUUCCAAGGAAUGGUUUCAGUUGGAUGAUGAAGAUAUUGAUUUGUUGGGUAAAACUUUAACUUUUGAAACGGAGACUGAAGUCACAUUCCAAGGUCCUGACGUUUUCUCUUCUGUUAGAUGUUGCGGUCCAAUUAAAAUGGAGUUACCAACAACUGAAAAUGUUGAAAUUGGUGUUGUUGAUUAUGACGCUGGUGAAUCUUACGGUAAUCCAGUACUUGAAUAUCUGAAGAGAAAUGCGUCAACUCUUGAGCGAAAGGUUAAUUUGGAAAAUCCUAUACCUAUUGCUGUCCUUGAUACUCAAGCUCCAAGUACCAAUGAACCAUAUGCUAGAGUUUCUGGUGAUUUGAAUCCAAUUCAUGUUUCUCGUCACUUUGCAACUUAUGCCAACCUACCGGGUACUAUCACCCAUGGUAUGUUUUCAUCAGCUGCUGUCCGCGCUCUAAUUGAAAACUGGGCCGCCGAUAGUGUCUCCUCAAGAGUUCGUGCUUACGAAUGUCAAUUUGUUAGUAUGGUUUUGCCAAACGACCCACUAACUGUUUCGAUUCAACAUAUUGGCAUGAUUAACGGUCGUAAACUGAUUAAAUUUGAGGCUAAGAAUGAACAUGAUGUAGCUGUGCUAACUGGUGAAGCAGAAGUUGAACAACCUGUUUCUACGUUCGUUUUCACCGGUCAAGGUUCCCAAGAGCAAGGUAUGGGUAUGGAUCUAUAUCAAAACUCUGAAGUUGCAAGAAGAGUAUGGGAUAGAGCGGACUCUCAUUUCAAGGAAACCUACGGUUUCUCCAUUCUUGAUAUUGUGAAAAACAAUCCAAAGGAGUUAACCAUUUUCUUUGGUGGUGAAAAGGGUAGAAAGAUUAAACAAAACUAUACCCAAAUGAUCUUUGAAACUAUUGUUGAUGGUGAAUUGAAGACUGAAAAAAUCUUCAAAGAUGUUAAAGAGGAUUCCACAUCAUACACUUUCAGAUCACCAACUGGUUUAUUAUCUGCCACUCAAUUCACUCAACCUGCAUUGACCUUAAUGGAGAAAGCAUCUUUUGAAGAUCUUAAAUCCAAGGGAUUAAUUCCUGUCGAUGCUUCCUUUGCCGGUCACUCUCUAGGUGAAUAUGCAGCUUUAGCUUCGUUAGCUGAUGUCAUGUCAAUUGAGUCUUUAGUUGAGGUUGUCUUCUACAGAGGUAUGACUAUGCAAGUUGCCGUUCCAAGAGACGCAUUAGGUAGAUCAAACUACGGUAUGGUUGCCGUCAACCCAGGCAGAGUUGCACCAAAUUUCUCGCAAGAAGCUUUGCAAUUUGUUGUUGAAAAGGUUGGUAAGAGGACUGAAUGGUUAUGUGAGAUUGUCAAUUACAAUGUUGAGAAUCAACAAUACGUUGCUGCUGGUGAUUUGAGAGGUUUAGAUACUUUGACCAAUGUCUUGAAUUUCAUCAAGUUGCAAAAAAUUGAUAUUGUCAAACUACAAGCUAGUUUGUCACUUGAAAAGGUCGAAGAACAUUUAUUUGAAAUUAUUGAUGAAGUUUCAAAGAAAUCAUUAGCAAAGCCACAACCAAUCGAAUUAGAAAGAGGUUUCGCUUGUAUUCCACUACGUGGUAUCUCUGUUCCAUUCCAUUCCUCUUAUUUGAGAAAUGGUGUUAAACCAUUUAAGAAUUUCUUGAAGAAAAAUAUUGUUAAGGAAAAUGUUAAAGCUGAUAGACUUAUUGGUAAGUAUAUUCCUAACUUGACGGCUAAGCCAUUCGAAAUUACAAAAGAAUACUUCCAAGAUGUUUACGAUUUAACAGGCUCUGAACAGAUUAAGGAAAUCUUGGACUCGUGGGAGAAGUACGAGAAUUAA